UUAAUACGUGGAUAUGAAAGGAAUGAUAUUUAUAUUGUGGUGAAAAGAACGCCACAAUUCUCAAUUUACGUAGUCUACUAUUUACAUAAAAACUUGCAUUUUCGUCUCAAACUAAUCCCAUGUCCAGACAAAAACGGAUUAUAAGCUAAAACCACUUUGGAUGGUAAAUGACCGUUUUCCGUUAUUAAAGUUGUGCAUAUUGAAUAAUAAUGAUACAGAAUUGUGUGAUUGAGACGUGACUGGUUUAACUUAUUUUAAUCAAACAAAACUUUUAUUAUUAGAUCUUCAUUUACGGGAAAUACUGCCAGCAUUUUGUGAACAUGUAAUCAUACAUAAAUGCGCCUAUGCCUAUUGUAUGUACGCACUUAUGUACGUAUGUAUUCCCAGUUAGGGAAGAAAUCAACUCCACGUGAUUGUUCUCAAAUUGACCACUUUUUAUUCACGGGCAAGAGGACUGCUGCUGCUCCGGACUGACUUUUAUAUUUUAUGUCUGUUUCACUCACUCUUGGAGGAAUAGUCGUCGUAGACACACUCAUUUGCCGCCUGCCAAAACUUCUAAAACAACUUCCGCUGCAUUCAUCAACUGGCAAUCAUCAUCUGCUGUUCCAUGCACACAGACAUCAAUUUUUCCAUCUUUUGGAUGUUCCCAAUUUUACCACUGUCCAUCCACGAGGGUCGAGCCGAAUGAAAUUUGUUGUUUGAGAUGAAGAGUUAAUUCUGUUGGAUCUCUGAGUUUCAAACUCGGCACUUUGCUCUGAAGCUGAUUAAUGAGAGCUCAUCCAGCUCUCUCUCUGCAGCAUUAUGAAGAGAUACAUAUAUCAUCCUCCUCCUGAAUGUGAUACUUUACGCAUAUGUGGUCAGUAUUGUGGUGGUGAGUCAGAGUUUUUGGCCUGGCAGAGUAAAUAAUGGAGUGAGCAGUGGUCUGUCUGGUCAAUGGAUGGUAAAAAUGAGACAGUAGAUGGUCAGGUUGGGAAUGAGAAUGGAUGGACGGACGGGUAUCUCUGGCUCCAGGGUCAACGAGAGAGAGUGAGAGAGAGAAAAUACCCGGGUAUUCAACUAUCUGCUUAGAUCGGGGUGGUAAAAACUGUUGGAAGGAGGAGAAUAAGAAUGGGGAAAACGCCGGCGCCCCAACUCACUCAGUUUUAUGGCAGAACACCCAAACUUUCACCCUUUUUCUGAGAUACAACUACAGCUGCCUAGUUGAAUUGCUGCUGGAUCCUAUAGAUCCGGGAAAAAGCCAAGUCAGUUGGUAUUAUUAUGAGCUGCCUUGCUUGUUGGUGGCAGUGGUAGUUGGAGGAGCAUAGGACUUUUCCUGGCUGUGUUUUUACUCUCCUGCUGCUGCUUCUCUUUCACUCUCUCCGUCACUUCUUUCUCGGAUACUUUAGACCGUCGCUCUCACUUUCCCGUCAUUACCGUCUCACUUCUCAGGCCUCCCACACCAACCACUUUCUCUCUCUCUCUUAAACAACCAAGGAAACUCUUUCAUCUCAAUCUGCCCCUCUCAACACAGACCCCGAUUUUCACUAUCUCCCACAACUGCUCCAGUAAGCAAAGCAAAAAAAGUGGACUUGUCACAAAUUUAAAACGUGUAAGCAGGCCAAAUACACAUUCAUCAUCUCAACUGAUUAAAAAGUGUCAGAAGGGCUGUUCUACCUGUCAUCCGUCAUGAAAUCAAAUGUUGGACUGGGAGUGUUGUAGGAAAGGAAAAGUCAGUAAGAGCGGAUUAAAUUUUCGUGGUGUGACUAUUUAUAAUUUUUAAUAUACUUGAAUAAAUUGGAUUAGUCAAGAAGGUGAGAGAGGCAAGGAAUAUAAAUAAAUCUCAUUAAAAUCGUCAGUCAGAGAGAAGCAUGCACGAGUGAGCCAAUUGGUGCACAUGUAAGAACUAAGUGGAAGUAAGAGACUUGUUAAAUAAAUAAAAAAACAGAAAGGAAACUUCUGUUGCAUUUCCUAUUUUUUGUGUGAACAGUAAGUGACCUGUUAGCAGGUCGAGUGACAAAUUCAAACUGAGGCAAAAAGUGACUUCGAGGAGGCCAGUUAUGACCUCGGCUCAAAUGCAUCCUUUAUUUGCUGCUUUCGCUGCAGCUGGAGGGAAUGCUAACAUGCUCGCAGGUGGAAGCAUGUCUUCCUCCUCAACGUCCUCGUCAGCAAUGUCCACCAGCAGCUUGACCAUCAGCGCAGCUCCUUCUUCAUCAUCAUCCGGGAACAAUCAUCCUGGUAAUUCUGCAAACCCGUUGACCAGUCCACGCCACUCUCCCACCGGGUUUGGUGGAUUGGAACGACUUGGUCCGCUGGGCUCAGGUCUCAGUGUCACAAUCACUCCAGCAGCAGCGACUCCAAAUCUAUCUCUGCCACCUUCAACAUCUUCAUCGUCACCAUCAUCGUCCAUGCCGACAAAUGCCAACGCAGCACUAGCAACUCUAGCAAUGGCUUUGCAAAAUGCCCAAAAUCAUAAUCAGCAUCAAAAUCAUCAUGACAUGUCGUCCCCACCAGACUCGCCAUCUCAUUCCAUGCUGGGGUCACCCCCACCUUCCCCAACACCUUCUGAAUUAAAGGACUUCAAGGAUGCCAAGGACAUUAAACCAAUUUCAAAUAGUAAUCCCAUGUCGAUCCCAAUUUCACUCCCGAUGGCAAUGUCACUCUCGGCGGCUGCAGGGGCUCAGUUCACCUCUGCCAACAACCAGGCAAGUAACAGCAUGGCCAUGGCAGCUCAACAGCAACAGCUUCGGGCAUUGGCAAGUAGUCUGCAAACUGCAAUUGCUGCUGCAGCCCAACAACAACAGCAGCAAAAUAGUGCCAAUUUAAUGGGCAAGAUGAUGGAGUUGGCCAGUCCAAUGGAGUCAGACAUGGUCAUGUCCGAGUUGACACAGCGGCUGAUCAAGAUGAACCAGGAGAUAUGGCAGCAAGGUUUGGCUUCUGUUGCAGCAGCAGCAUCUUCCUCCCAACAGACGCACAGCAGCAACACGUCGUCCCCACCCCCUCGCCCGUCAUCACAGGUCAGCGGUGGUCAUGGGGCAUCCAACUCUGGGGGACAUGUAGGAGGGGCAGGUCAAACCCAUCGGUCAUCUCCGAUCCCUUCUUCCUCAUCUCAUCACGGGGGGACGAGCAAUUCUUCAGCUGCUGCUACGGUGGCCGCCCUGAACGCUCUUACUGCUGGUCAACAACAAGUCAACGAGAUCAAAUUGGCAGAAAAAUUAGUCAGCGAACUCGCAGUUCAGCAAUCAACAAGGAAUGCAUUUCAUCUUAACGAACGGACACUCCAAGAAUGCUGGACAACGUUGCAACGUAUCAGCUGCAUGAUAUUUUUCCAGCACAAGUCUGCGAUGCAGCUUCAGCAGCAGCAGCAAGCAGUGGCGGCUCAGCAGGUCCAGGGCGGCGGUCACCAUAUGGGACCUCAUGGUCCCCUCAUGAGGGCAGGUUCCAGUUCCGGCUCCGAGAGCGGCGCUGGGAUAUCCAAACCACACCAAUGUCAACAAUGUCUCAAAUCUUUCUCAUCCAACCAUCAAUUAGUCCAGCACAUCCGUGUUCACACUGGAGAAAAACCCUAUAAAUGCUCCUACUGCGAUCGCAGAUUCAAGCAACUUUCUCACGUCCAGCAACACACACGACUUCACACAGGUGAACGACCAUACAAAUGUCACGUUUCGGAUUGCGGCAGAGCUUUCAUCCAACUUUCUAACCUGCAACAACACCUCCGGAAUCAUGAUGCCCAGUUGGAACGAUCUAAAAAUCGUCCCUUCCAUUGCAACAUUUGUGGAAAAGGAUUUGCCACCGAGUCUUCGCUUAGGACACAUACCAGCAAGGUAUGCAAAGAACAACAUGGUGCCUUGAUUGGAAGCUCGAAUGCAUUAUCCUGCCCCGUUUGCCAUAAGCUGUUUCUCGGCGGAGAGGCGUUGAUGGAGCACAUGAAGUACACCCACAAGGAUCCAAAUGCAUCUGGAGUAGCAACCAAACGAAGAACAGCGAACCAUCCUUGCCCUAUCUGUGGGAAACAUUAUGUGAACGAAGGAAGUUUGCGGAAACAUUUGAGCUGUCAUCCUGAAACGGCUCAGUUAUCAUCAUCUCUGAGAAUGUGGCCCUGCUCCGUCUGCCAAGCGGUUUUCACUCAUGAGAAUGGGUUGCUGACUCACAUGGAACAAAUGCGAAUGGAUCCAAAACAUCAGUUUGCUGCACAAUAUGUGCUUAGUCGAGCUGCAGCUGAACGACGAGAAAGGGAGAAUAUUCUCGCUGCGGCUGCUAUUUCAGCAAUGGCACAAGCGGGAGGACAUAACCCAUUUAGUGGAAAUUCGCAGGGUCAAGGAAUGCAACACGGAAGCCUGGGGCCUCUUCUUCCAAUGCCACCAUCUCCAUCCGGCUCUGAAUCCUCCGGCCGUCUCAGCUCUCCGCUUGAUACCAAUUCGGGAAUGUCUCACUCAGGACUUGUCCAACACUCUAGAUUGUCCAUGUCAAGUCCAGUCAGCAGCAAUGGGCCGUUGGAACUCACCCGAGGGGGCCACCCGAACGGGGGCAACAAUAACAACAAUCCUGAAAAUCGCAACAAGGAAUACCACUCCUCGGGGAUGUCACACAACAGUUCUGGGGGUGAAAACAAUCUCGGAGGACGGGAUGAACAGUCUCACCAUCACCCGUCCCACUCUCACCUUUCCUCGCACCAGGGACAUCACCCUCUGGGCUCUGGUCAUCACAAUAUCCUCGCUGGAGAAAAUGGAAUGCUUCAGUCCAACAAUAAGCAGUUACACGAUGCAAUGAAAAUGGCAGCAAUGUUGGGUCAAGGUGGUUCUAACGGGGGUCAAAAUGAUAUUCGCAACUUAAUUCACCAACACGCCCAAGCCCAGGCUCAAGACAUGAUGACUGCUGAGAGCAUGCGAAUGCAGGCGGAAAAUCUUUUACGGAGCCACACAGCGGAAGCACUUCGACUGGCUGUGGAAAAUCAUAACUCGAACAAUAACAACAACUCCAAAGGUAACAACUCGAAUGGAACGAGCCCCGGCAGUGGAACAAAUGGACCAAGUAACAACAAUGGAGACACGUUUGGGGGCAUGAUCUCCCAGCAUCAACAUGCUGCUGCUCAGUCGUCUGGACAUCAAGGAAUGGUGAAUGGACACCGCAUGAUGGACCAUCGAAUGGACACUGGAGGACAGGGCAACAAUUUGUCUCAUUCCAGCCACCACCAUCUCCACCACCCCCACGCGGCUCUGAACCACCACUCCCACCACCAGCUCAACUCCAUCCUCAGUCAACAGCCCGAUCUGACUGAAGCAUUGAUGAGACUGGACUCUCGCUCUCUCGGAUUUCCACUUCCUGCUCACAACUCUUAAAUCAACUGAUUUAAAUCACGUCAAAUACUAUUAUAUUCUCCAACAACGUACAUUUUCUAAAACAAACUGACCUAUUCUAAUAAGAUAAUUCCAUUCGAGUAACUAGUUAUUAAAGAAAACCCGGUAAUACUCUCAAAGAUUUUCAUAUUCUCAAUGUAUUCAGAUAAUGUUGUCCAUUUUUUCUAUAAAUACAUAACUAUAUUGAUAGUAAUAUUCGAAUAUCCGUGUUAUUUACUGCAAGAGGGAGAGCUGAAUCACACGUUAUAUGUAGUUAAAAUAUUACAAGAAUUCUUGUGAUCAUUCCAGUACACGAAACGUACAGCUAAUGUAAACGAAUAUGUUCUAUUCUAGCCCGUAGAAGAAACAUGAUGCUGCAUUUAAAUACCACGAUGUGAAUAAUAUCCCAUUCAUUCAUUAUACAUAUUUAUGUAGCUAAAGAGGUUUGUCCAUGUUUAUACAAAUAUUAGUCGUAGCAGUUUUGAAAGUAGCGAAAUUAAUAGCUAUUGAGUGAAAAUGAUGCUCGGUGAAAGAGACUCUCUAGUUGUUACUCGAAUACUGAUUAACUCACAAACAUAAAUAAUAUAUUACCUACUUACAAAAUAUGUUAGACUAAAAUAUCAAAGGGUACGAGGAAAUGUCUCUUCCUUACAAAUAAGUAAAUGCUAAAAGUGAUUCAAAUGUCGAAUAAGAGGUUGUAAAGAUUAUGUUAAUGUGCUUUUAUAUGAUAUGCAAUCCAAUAGUGUUACUCCUAGUAUAGCAUGUAUUAGAGCUAUCAAAUAGCAGCCCCCAGUUCCAAAUAUGCUACUACUCCAUUAUCUGAGUAAUAUGAUGAUGAAACGCCAUUUUAUAAAUUCGACAGUUGGAAAAUGUGUAAAUAAGCAACUCAGAGUAAUAAGUAAAAAUAAGUGUGUAAAGUAUGUGUAUCAACGAACAGAGGUUAUGGUCACCAACUUUUGUGUAAAAUUGUGUAUUUUUAUAAGAAUUUCAAAUCCUGAAAAAAUCAACAAGAUAUUAAUAACUGCUUUGUUUUGAGAAGGUAUGUAUUGCAUAAGAAUAGUUGUGGGGGUGGUUGGCACUUUUGGAGGUUGGGUUGUUAAAAUACGGCUUUGGAUUUUGAGAGAAGUUUCCUGGAAAUUAAAAUGAAAAACCGCUCCGGUUGGAUUUUAGUUGUGAUUUUUGUUCUCAGCACCGUGAUUUUAAUUUUAGAAGACAUUCGUCAUCGAUUUAUCUAUCUGCACAAACUUUAAUUUAUGGCAUUUUGUUACGUUGUUGUUAAUCUAUGUACUGCUUGGAAAGAUCCCAUCAAACUUAUGUACCUUUGAAUUUCCCAAUCCUAUUAUUAUUUUAAUUUACAUUGCAUGAGCUGGACACAUUGGACUCGCUGCCCUGAGAGAACAGAGACAUUUUGAAAUCGAGCUUUUUGUUGAAAGAUGAAAAAAUGGUUGAUCUCAUCACAGUCACACAGGACGAGAACGUUUUUGGUUAAAUUUUUGUUAAUUUUGUUGGAUGGAAGAAAGAAAAGAAUGAGAGCGAGAUCACAAAAAAAGUGUUUGACUACAGCUUGAGAUGAAUUGAGAAAGAAAGUCUAGUCGUGAUUUUGUACAUCAUAAAAUAUACUGCAGGCCAGAUAACUGAUCCAGUGUGUCCAACUCAUGUUUACAAUAAUAAUUAAAAAACUACAAUUGACUAAGAUUUUGAAAAAUGUGAUUUUGUAGCUACCAAACUAAAAAUUUGCUCUCUGUUGUGGUAUUUAAUUAGCACGCGUAGUAUAUUUAUACAAAAUUUACAGUUUCAGUUAGUCUAGUUUACGCACCUCUACAGAAAAACCACUAUGCACUACCAUCAUUUACUUUAUAAAACAAUCUCAAUGUCAUAAUCUUAGACUCCAAUAAAAUUAUAGCAAAAAUGUGCACUCUGUAACAUUAAUUAGUACGUAAUAUCGGCCAACGUAUGAGUAUCAUAAAAUAAUAAUAGUUUUAUUGAUUACAAUCGGCCAAAUGUUUUAAGGGACUAAAUCGUAUAUAAAAUUAAUCAAAUUCGUUUUUUAUAUAGUCUGAAACUGUAAAACCCACUGCGAUUGUAAUAUUAUAUUGUAUUACAUACGACGAUAUACAUACAUAUAAUAUAUCUAUAUAUGAUGAUUACUAAUGUUGUGUUAAAUGUUUUAAAUUGUAAACCAAUUUUUUGUCUCAAAGCAGACAUUGAUGGGUGUCACCUCAUCCUUAAAUCCUAUGUAUCUUAAACACAUACAUAUAUUCUAGGCAAAACAUUCGUAAAUUAUUAAAAGAAAAAAUAGCAUAAGCUCAUUAGGAGGAUUGUCCACCUAAUAAAUCACAAAAUAAAAUAAAUUAUGUGUGACGACUAACAACACCGUUCCUUCUUGUGAACGUAUGUGUUUGUACUGUGCUGUUGAAUCAAUCUUGCAGUAGGGACGAUAUAUUAAAGAUAAGUUCUCAGAAUAAUAUUUGAAGCGUAAGUAUAGGAUAAUCAUAAAAUAUAUAAAGUAGUGCAUAAAACGUAUACAUAAAUGUUUGAAGUUUAGAAUAAUAAGUAAAU